AUGCCCUUGUACGUCCCCGUCCUGCUGUUUAUAUUGACUGGAUCUUUGGGCAAGUUAAUUCAGCAACGCCAAGAAUUAGUAGCGCACGAAGAGUAUGUGAAACUUCUGAGAAAUCGACAGGCUAUAAUCCUGCGAAUGCUGGAUGAGGGUCCAGAGAGUAUUGUUUCCCG